AAUUUACCGACGCUACGAACGCGUCGCGUCGUCGUCGUCGUCGUCGUCGUCGUCGUCGUCGUCGUCGUCGUCGGUCGUGUUGUCGUCGUGGUCGUGUGUCGUCGUCCGUCGUGUACCAAAAUACACAUACAUACACACACACACAUACAUACAUAUAUACGUACGUACAUAUAUACGAUCUUUCGUUCGUCGUCGUCGUCGUCGUCGUUCGUUCUCUUUACAAAGAGAUUUUUUUUCUUUUACUUUAAAAAUCUUGUUUGGCUGGAUGAAAGAUCGUGUUCGACCAGGAAGAAGACUCGCUCGUUUGAUCGGUGCACAUCCAAAAUUAGAAUGGCGAACGCGUCGCAACAGUAUUGUCUCCGUUGGAACAACCACCGAUCGAACUUGCUUACUGUCUUCGACGAACUACUGCAAAAUGAGGCAUUCACCGACGUUACCUUGGCUGUGGACGGUGGUCUCUCUGUAAAGUGCCACAAAAUGGUCCUAGCAGCCUGUUCAUCGUAUUUCCAGACACUUUUUAUCGAUCUACCAUGUAAACAUCCGAUCGUUGUACUCAAAGAUGUGAAAUAUUGCGAGAUCAAGGCGAUAUUAGAGUACAUGUACCGUGGCGAGGUAAAUGUCGCUCAGGAACAACUCGGCGGUUUAUUAAAAGUUGCUGAAGUCUUAAAAGUGAAGGGUCUUGUUGAGGAAAAUGGUUCGUCUCAUGAACAACGAAACGAAGAACUCGAAACGUCGAUGUCACCACCACCAGCGAUCAGCACUAGUACAACCAACAGUAUCGCGCAUAGCAGUGGCCAUGUUUCACCACCCCAUUCAACCGGAAGCUCUUAUAAUCCAUACGGUAAAUCUACGGUGCCGAUCGACAGAGGAUGCAUGUCUUUGCCGAUGUGGGCAUUGUCAGGACUUCCACUUCCGCAACAUGCGACUUCCAGUCAUCAGGCAAACUCCCAGUCACAUUCGCAACAUUCCUCUAUCGUGGGUACUUCUUACGACAACGGUUUCGAAACGUCAUCGCCUAUAAAUCCAAAACGAAAAAAAUAUUGUACGUCAAACGUCAUGAUGAAUCGAGACACGCCGAUAUUGCGAACGGUUUUGGGUCAAGGACAUGCCGAUAGUUCACAGAACAUGACCCUUAUGCCACCAGAUAGUCACGAUAAUAACUUCCGUACUAAUACCAAUGGAUCGUCAACUGAAAAUGCUAGACGAGAUAGCAGCGAUCUUCCUAAUUCCGAACCAGUUCAUAGUCCUUACACCGAUGUUUCCAUGAUAGACGAAGAAGACAAACAACCAUCCCCUCAGCCCUAUGUCGAUACGAACGCAGGUACUGACGUACCUAAUCCAAUUGUAGGUGUGGUUAGUUACAUCACAACCCAGAAACCCGAGUGGAAACGUUACAAACAAUAUACACGGCACGACAUCAUGUCAGCUAUCGAGGCAGUGAGAUCGGGAAUGAGUGCAUUGCAAGCAGCACGAAAGUACGGUGUCCCAUCGCGUACACUUUACGAUAAGGUAAAAAAACUUGGUAUCACGACCUCUCGACCUUUUAAGCGUGGUUCGAACGGUGCUGGAGGAGCUUGUUUUCCCUAUGGGAUCGGUGGAAACGCAAACGGCAGCAUUUAUGGUAUCAACAGCAGUACUCUAUCAGAAAGCGAAAAUGAAAACAGCAACGCUCUAUACGAGAGUUCAUCCACCAUUUUGGAAACGAAUUAUGUUAAGAGCAGAGAUACCUCGACCGAACGUGAAUCCAACAUGGAAACUGGUCAAUCUAGUCCAACUUCAGGACAUCAUUUGAUCAAAGAGGAACAACCUCAACAAAGGAACGACGAUCAGGUUGAAGACCUUUCGGUAAAUCGUAAGUCGGAUAUACGAGUAAUAAUGCCACCAUCGUUGAUCGUCAAAGAGGAAGAUGAUAUUUCCGAUAAUUCUAAUCGUAACUGAUGAUUAUCGUGAAAUUAAGAAUAUAUGACGAUGCUGAUGCUAUUACAUAUAAUACUAUAUGUAACUAUAUAUACACAUACACACAGAUGUAUAUAUAUAUAUGUAUAUAUAUAUACAUCACGCAUGAGGCCGAUAUACUCUAAAAAAAACCUUAAAAGAACAAGAUAAAGUAGUACGUUAGUAAGUAAGUUAAAAUGAACACUUUCAAACCUGACCAGACGUCUCCUGAUCAGUUUCGAGACUCCAAAAUAUGAAGACCAUGUUCUUACAUAACGUAAAGUAUUCAACAAUAAUUCCGAGAAAAAAAAAAACAAUGUUGAAAUAUUUUCUUUGUUGAUAAG